AUGUCUUUCGCCAAGUACAUCGUCCCUGCGCUCGCUGUCGCCCAGGGUGCUAUCGCUGCUUCCUGCGGUGACACCACCAUCUCCAGCCAGACUGAUGCCGACACCCUCGCCGCCGACUGCACCACUGUCAAGGGUGAUGUGACCAUCUCCUCUUCCUACUCCCAGGGCCUUGACCUCGGUAGCAUUGAGAAGAUCACUGGUACCCUGACUUGCUCCGACGCUCCCAACAUCACCAGCAUCACUGCUGGCUCCCUCGCCUCCAUCGGCGGCAACUUCACCCUGGAUGGCCUCACCACCCUCAGCUCCCUGAGCAUGGCUGAGUUGACCUCCAUUGGCAGCAUUGCUUGGCAGGCACUCCCCGCCUUGUACUCUCUGGACUUCACCACCGGUGUCUCCACUGUCGGCGAUCUCAACAUCUUGAACACCGCUUUGACCACCCUGGACGGUAUCUCUCUGGACACCGUCGGACAGUUCCAGAUUGAGGACAACACUGGCUUGAAGACUUGCAACAUCAGCUCUCUCAAGAACGCCACUGGCCUGAUCAGCUUCGCCGGUAACCUCGACACCCUCGAGGUUGACCUUGCCAGCCUUGAGGGCGGUACCUCCAUGACUUUCCGUAACAUCAGCAGCAUCAACAUCCCCUCCCUGGAGAAGUUGACCGGUCAGCUUGGAUUCUGGGGCACUGACUUCGACACUUUCUCUGCCCCCAAGCUCACCACCUCCGGUGACCUUGUCUUCACUGACAACUCCAAGCUGAACAACAUCAGCGCUCCCGUCCUGAAGACCGUCGACGGUGGUUUCACCGUUACCCGCAACGACGAGCUCCAAGUUAUUGACUUGCCCGACCUCGAGACCGUUGCUGGUGCCAUUGACUUCACCGGAAACUUCUACGAGGUUGAGUUCGGUUCCCUCGAGCGUGUUGCCGGUGCUUUCUACCUCGAGUCUUCCAACGGUACCUUCAGCUGCUCCAAGCUCAAGGCUGCCUACAAGGCCACCUCCAUUGUCAAGGGUAACUGGAAGUGCGACGCCACUGGCUACAACACUACCACCUCCAGCGAUAGCGGCAGCUCCACCAGCUCCAGCUCCAGCUCUUCCAGCACCAGCUCCGGCGCUGCCAUUGCCAACUCUGUUGCCGCCCCCGUCGCCGGUGCCGCUGCUUUGUUCUACGCUCUCGCUCAGCUCAUCUAA